AUGCACAAGCACCACCACUGCUGCCGCUGCCCGGAGUGCUACGAGGUGACGCGCAUGGCGGCCCUGCGGCGCAUGGAGCCCCCCAGCUACGGCGAGUGGCAGCAGCACGAGCAGUUCGGCGGCGGCGGCGGCGGCGGGGGCGGCUACGGGGGCUACGGCUCGCAGACGCUGCCCUCGCAGCCCGGGGGCGCCACCCCCACGGCCCGGGCCAAGGGCAAGCUGGUCCCCACGGCCCGCGACAGCGCCCCCCCCGCGCCGCCCAAGCAGGGUCCGGCCAAGGGGGGCGGCGGAGGCGGGGCGGGCACCCCCAAGAUCAACGGCAGCAGCCCUGCCUGGUGGCCCGAGUGCACCUGCUCGAACCGCGACUGGUAUGAACAGGCCAGCCCUUCACCCAUUAUUGUGAACACCGACACUCUGGAGCCCGGCCUCUCCGUGAAUGGCAGCGACGGAAUGUUCAAGUACGAGGAGAUUGUCCUGGAGCGGGGAAACUCUGGCCUCGGCUUCAGCAUUGCUGGUGGCACCGAUAACCCCCAUAUCCCCGAUGACCCUGGCAUUUUCAUCACCAAGAUCAUCCCGGGUGGAGCGGCUGCCAUGGACGGCCGCCUGGGGGUCAACGACUGCGUGCUGAGGGUCAAUGAAGUGGACGUCUCAGAGGUGGUACACAGCAAGGCCGUGGAGGCGCUGAAGGAGGCAGGGCCGGUGGUGAGGCUGCUGGUCAGGCGAAGGCAGCCCCCGCCAGAGACCAUCAUGGAGGUCAACCUGAUGAAAGGGCCCAAAGGGCUGGGCUUCAGCAUCGCGGGGGGCAUCGGGAACCAGCACAUCCCGGGCGACAACAGCAUUUACAUCACCAAGAUCAUCGAAGGGGGCGCAGCCCAGAAAGACGGGCGGCUGCAGAUCGGGGACCGGCUGCUCGCAGUGAACAACACCAACCUACAAGAGGUGCGGCAUGAAGAAGCAGUGGCUGCUCUCAAGAACACCUCCGAUAUGGUGUACCUGAAGGUGGCCAAGCCAGGCAGCUCCCACAUCAACGACCUGUAUGCGCCCCCGGACUACGCCAGCACUUUUUCUGCCUUGGCCGACAACCACAUAAGCCAUAAUCCUGGCCUAGGCUACCUUGGAGGCAUGGAGAGCAAGCCUGCUUACCCUGCUCCCCCCCAGGUCACGCCUGCCCGCUACUCACCUGUGCCCCGCCACCUGAUUGGAGAGGAGGACUUCACCAGGGAGCCCCGAAAGAUCUCCCUGCACAAGGGCUCCAGCGGCCUGGGCUUCAACAUUGUGGGAGGCGAGGAUGGGGAGGGCAUCUUCGUCUCCUUCAUCCUGGCCGGGGGGCCAGCAGACCUGAGCGGGGAGCUGCGGCGUGGCGAUCGGAUCCUGUCGGUGAACGGCGUCAACCUCCGGAAUGCGACGCAUGAACAAGCGGCAGCGGCCCUGAAGAGGGCCGGACAGACCGUCACCAUCGUGGCCCAGUACAGGCCUGAAGAGUACAGCCGCUUUGAGUCCAAGAUCCAUGACCUCCGAGAGCAGAUGAUGAACAGCAGCAUGAGUUCAGGGUCUGGUUCACUUCGGACAAGUGAGAAGCGGUCCCUCUAUGUCCGGGCCCUCUUUGACUAUGACCGAACUCGGGACAGCUGCUUGCCCAGCCAGGGACUCAGUUUUUCUUAUGGGGACAUUUUGCACGUCAUCAAUGCCUCGGAUGACGAGUGGUGGCAGGCGAGGCUUGUGACCCCUCACGGCGAGAGCGAGCAGAUCGGAGUCAUUCCCAGCAAGAAGAGAGUGGAAAAAAAGGAACGGGCGCGCUUGAAAACGGUGAAGUUCCAUGCUCGGACAGGGAUGAUAGAAUCCAACCGGGACUUCCCAGGGUUAAGUGACGAUUAUUAUGGCGCAAAGAACCUGAAGGGUGUGACAUCAAACACCAGUGACAGCGAGAGCAGUUCCAAAGGACAAGAGGACACAAUUCUGUCAUACGAACCUGUGACAAGGCAAGAAAUUCACUACGCCAGGCCAGUGAUUGUUUUGGGGCCCAUGAAAGACAGAGUCAACGAUGACCUCAUCUCAGAAUUUCCACACAAGUUUGGAUCCUGUGUGCCUCACACUACCAGGCCACGGCGUGAAAAUGAAGUUGACGGACAAGAUUACCACUUUGUGGCAUCACGGGAGCAGAUGGAGAAGGACAUUCAAGACAGCAAAUUUAUUGAAGCUGGGCAGUUCAACGACAAUCUCUAUGGAACCAGUGUCCAGUCUGUGCGGGCGGUGGCUGAGCGGGGGAAGCAUUGUAUCCUCGAUGUGUCGGGCAACGCGAUCAAAAGAUUGCAGCAAGCACAACUCUACCCAGUUGCGAUUUUCAUCAAGCCCAAAUCCAUCGAAGCGCUCAUGGAGAUGAACCGGAGGCAAACGUACGAGCAGGCCAACAAGGUCUUUGACAAAGCCAUGAAGCUGGAGCAGGAGUUUGGAGAGUACUUUACAGCCAUUGUACAAGGAGACUCCCUGGAAGAGAUUUACAGUAAAAUCAAACAGAUAAUAGAGGACCAAUCUGGGCAUUAUAUCUGGAUCCCAUCCUCUGAGAAACUGUGAUGUCCCCCGCCCUCCAAUCAACCUAUUAGAAGAUCCGCGACCCUUUCCCCGCCCUCUGCCCCAGAGGGGGAGCGAGAAGACCACCCCGUCCCUUUUCUAGAUGGUUGACAAUUGCGUUUUCUAGUCCUGUUUUUC